AUGAAGACGUUUACCCUCGCUACUAUCAUUGGCCUUAUCGCCAGCUCGAUGGCUUGCAUCGACCCCAUUUAUCCCGGCAAUUCUCAGUUCACUGACGUCGGAUCGAAAGCCAAGUCCUUCAAGCCCGGUAACGCGGCUGGAGACAUCCACUUUGACGGUCUGGCCAAGUUGACCGUUGCUAUCAAGGGCUCACCCAGCAACGUGGAUGUUGUCGUAACUCCUUACAUCAAGAAGAAGUUGGAUAUCAAGAUCACCCAGCAGGUUGAUGGCAAGAAGAUCCGACAGUGGCACACGACUAGCGAUGGCAAGAACUUUGAGGCAUGCCUGGACAUCGGAAGUCUCGGCCACAAGGGAACCUUCUUGGCCGAGGUUGAGGCUCAUUAG